AUGCAGAUCUUCGUGAAAACCCUAACGGGUAAGACCAUUACCCUAGAGGUCGAGUCCUCUGACACCAUUGACAAUGUGAAGGCCAAGAUCCAAGACAAGGAGGGCAUUCCCCCAGACCAGCAGCGCCUCAUCUUCGCUGGCAAGCAGCUCGAGGACGGCCGAACCCUAGCAGAUUACAACAUCCAGAAGGAAUCGACCCUCCACCUUGUGCUUCGCCUCCGUGGUGGCGCCAAGAAGCGUAAGAAGAAGACCUACACCAAGCCAAAGAAGAUCAAGCACAAGAAGAAGAAGGUCAAGCUCGCGGUGCUCCAGUUCUACAAAGUUGAUGAUUCUGGGAAGGUCCAGAGGCUGAGGAAAGAGUGCCCUAAUGCUGAGUGCGGAGCCGGGACUUUCAUGGCGAACCACUUCGACAGGCACUACUGCGGCAAGUGUGGGUUGACCUAUGUUUACCAGAAGGCUGGCGGUGAUUAG